UCAGCCUAUCAGUUUGAGGACGACUGAAAAUAUGUUUCUAAUCGUCGUUUUAUUUGCCAUGGAUUGCCGACUAAUUUAAACUCCAAACUUUAAGACAAACUCUCUUUGAGUACAAGCCAGCUGGACCUGAUACCAGUCUCAUUUCGGUAUGAACAGAGACCUUGAAAAUGGAGGACUUCUUGGUAAUGAAAACAACCCUGAACGUCAAAGCAGAUUCUUCAGACUGGCAUCCGCAUAUUUUCCGCAGUUUUGCAUUGUUUUCCAGCUGUUUAGAUUAUUUACACUGGUAAUGUUUUCAAUAUUCGAGGUUGAUUGCACGUUGUACCAUGACUCAACGAGUGUGGACUGCGAAGGAUUUACAGUUUACAUUAUAUCUCACUGCGACCCGUACUGCUGGAAGACGAUAUGGCUCGUGUGCUCGAUCAUAACAUCCACCGUGUGGUUUUGUUUGCUCCACACAAAGAUGUUACCAAGGUUAAGGCCAGCAAGGAACGAAAAAAUCUUCUGGAGUAUCAUCAAAAAGCCCUACUUCUGGUCUCUCAACACAACUGCAGGUUCCGUUGUCCUUUAUGAUGUAUUAAUCAUGGUCAACAAUAGAAACGCGAGGAUUCACGUCGAAUGUUUAGUGGUGGUUUCCAAACUGUGGACAUUGUAUUUGUUAUUUCAAUUGAAUUUUACAUUUCCGCCUUCAGAGGAAAAAGGCUUUCGAGCUAUUUCCAGAGGUGCCUAUUGUUUAACUCUGUCUGUUUUUGUCUUGGACAAUCUUUGCAAGUUUUUAGUCGUUACAAGUCAGGUCGCCUUCAAGUUUUACACAGUGGAGCAUGGUAUAACAAAGCCAAUGACCAUAGUAGACCUCAUGUUAAUGAUUAUAAAUGCUUCCCUGUAUCUAAGCUUUCUUCAGUUUUUUUGGCAGAAGCUUUUUCGAGGCGAUAAAGACAUACUGACAGUGUUUAAACAAGACUUUCGGUUAACAGAAAAUAUACGAGUUCCGCGUAGACGAAGAUCCUUCUGACAGAUAAUACCGUGUGGAAAGAAUUAUAUCCUCUACUGUUUAGUAUUACUCUUGACGUAAAACUCAGGGAAUCGAUUUCGAUACAAAUAUCAAAUAUAAAUUGUAGUAAUUGCACCCAAAUAUUUUUUCCCUCUCUUCAGUAAAUUUAUUUAUUUUCUCUUUUAAUAGCAUUUGUGGUAAACUUAUAGCCUCAUGGCGUAGCAUUUAAUUUUCUAUUGUACAAACUAAAGUUGUCUAUGAAUGCUGUAAUGUGUUUUGAAAUACGACCUGUUGAUUUUGCUGGGGUUAAGUCCGUUUCAACGGCAAUCAUAACAUCAGUAGAGUCGUAUUUAGUGAUAUUGUAAUGGAAAGUGAUGUCCUAAAGGAAAAUCGCAGUGAUUGCGUUUUGCUUUUUUUAAUUUUGGCUUUUCUUUUCCUUUGAUAAGUUUUUCAUCGAAUAGUAUUUGGU